UUAGAAUACCUGUCAAGAAAGGAAUUUUAUUUUUCUUAUAAGUCAAUACCAAUUAUUGUUCGUCUUGUUUACACCUUGUGAUAUAGAAUUAAACGAAAUUGUAUAAAAUUCUAAUUGAGAGGAUAAAUUUGAAUCGAAACUAAAUAUAAUUUAUGGUUAAAAUCUAUAUUAAUAAAAUAUUCAGACAUUAUUGGUGAAGUUAUUUAAACUAAUAAUAAAAUUAUGAAGCCUCAAGUAGCAGAUUCCAAAAUAAAUUCAUCUGGUACUUCAGUAUCAUCAACUACGUCAACAUUAGGUGAAGCCAAUGAAUGUUUAUUCGAAUUUUUACAUGCUGAAAUAAUGAACUAUGUUAUUGAAAAAAAUGCAAGUGAUUCUAACGUAAAAAAUACUGAAGAGAAUUUAUCUGAAUUAGAAUGGAUGGGUUUUGGAGUUGGAUAUCGUAUUAUUGAACGAUUAACUCGUGAAUGGGUACGUUUUAAGGACGAACUGGAUAUGAUUAAAUUUAUUUGUACAGAUUAUUGGUCAUCAUUAUAUCACAAACAAAUUGAUAAUUUAAAAACGAAUCAUCAUGGUACAUAUGUUUUACAAGACAAUGAAUUCAGAUUAUUGAAACAUUUAGCAAAUCAUAAUAGUAAUAAUAACAAUAAACAAUAUUUACGUGAAUGUCCACGAUUAAUAGCAUUCACCUGCGGACUUUUACGAGGAAGUCUAGCUAAUCUUGGUAUCAGCAGUAUUGUCAAAGCUGAAAUAACUUUAAUUCCAACUUGCAAAUUUCAUGUCGAAGUACAGAGAGUUUAAAUUUUCAUUAUUAAAAAUUUUCUUAUUUUGUAAAUGUAUAAUUAUCAAUAAAAAUUACGUUAUUUUGA